GACCCGAUUGCAGUGUGUCUAUCCACUCGCCUCCAUCACUCUUCGUCUUGUUCCCCGACUCCUCCGCCAGACCUCCAUUUUCAGUCAGGUCGAGCAGCUUCUGCUUCAGUCCGAAACCCUACUCGAAUCGCCUGAAGUCUCAGCAUUUUCCCAUCUGACUGGCCUUCUUGAAGCCAGAGGUCUGUCUCAGUUAUGGCGUCAAUCAACUUCAACCCCUUUGAAAAUUGGUUCUCCAGGCGUCCUAAUCCCAUUCCUUCCCACAAUCUCAUCGCAUUUAGAGACUCGUUGUCUCAAAAAUCCUCACCGUCCCCAAAUUUUGCUUCAAGAAGCCUCUCAAACGUCUUCAAGAAGCGGCAGAAACCAGAGAAAGCAUCCGAUGAACCGGGGUAUUACGGAAAAAUGCUAGAACAGUUCUACUGGGAAUGCGAAAAUUUACCCGACUACAGGCACGCCCCCGAGGUUGAGAAAAUAUUGAGCGAAGAUCCUGUUUUCGAGAACAAAGAGAAUCCUACCCAAGAGGAGCUCGAAAAGAACGAGAAGCUCUGGAAAGGGAUUCGAGAUAGCCCUGUUGUGAAAUUUCUGGAACGUGCAGAGGAAAUUGCAGCCAAGUACAAUGAACUGGAGCUCAAAGAAAACGAGAAUCCAUACAGAGAUGAGGACAAGAAGCUGUGGAGGGCAAUUCCUCAUGUUCCUGGUCUUGAUGGGCGGCCUAUGCCGAGGAAAGCAAUAAAGACGAAAAGAGAAUCCGAUGACAAGUUUUGGGAUUUUGCGAGACAGUUCUUUUUUGGGCUCUGGGGCUUCCGGCAAAGACCUUAUCCACCUGGUCGCCCGAUUGAUGUUGCUCAGGCCAUUGGGUACAAGCGCCUAGAGAAGCGGUACUAUGAUUUUAUAAUGAGGAGCGGAGGUUGGUACUAUAAGGAUCGGUUAGGUCGUACUCGGGGACCAUUGGAACUAAUUACUCUGAAAACAGCCUGGGGAGGUGGGAUUAUUGACAAGGAUACAUUUAUCUGGGGGGAGGACAUGGACGAAUGGGCACCAAUUCACAUGGUUUACGGAUUGGAGCGUGCAAUUGCCACUUGGGAAGUUAGACUCGGUGCUGCUGCCACUGCUUUUCUUCACAAGUUGCAGAAAGGUAUACCUCCAUGGGUUCCUCUUAAGGGACAAGAGAAGAAAACCUACAAGCAACUGCAACAAGAAGCCUUAGAGAGCAAGAGACGAGAUCUAGCAGUAUUAGCAGCUAAUGACGGUGUUUGGCCUGGCGUUAGAAUCCCUAGCCAUGCGCUUUUUCUCUGGGCUAGUGGAUCUGAGCUGACAUCUACUUUGGAGGCAGAUCACAUGCCAAACAAGUACAUCCCUAGGGAUCUAAGGUAUAAAUUAGCUAAAAUUAUACCCGGGUUAAGACCAUGGGAGGUUCUAAGCGUGGAGCAAGCAAUGGAACAGAUAACAUAUAAUGGCGAAUGGCAUCGUGAACCUCUUGGGACAUACACGACAGGUCCUCCAUACAUCAGGCAUUGGAAUAAAGAUGUCAAGAGAAUGUUCAGGACAUUCUUCAGUCUGAGCACUAGAGUUUACAAUAAAAUGGAGCGGACAAUUCCUGGUUUCAGUAAAAUAAUGGAGAAGGUUCAGGGCGAUGCUGCUGCCAGAAAUGCUAGGCGGAAGGAGAGGAGGGAGGCAAUGAAGAGAGCUGAAUUCGAGAGAAAAAUCUUUGGCGAAGUCAGAAACGAUCGAUAGAUUAUCGUUCUCUAACAGCAUUGCAAUGCAACGAUUAAGGGAAUGAUUUCCAGAAAAAAUCUAAUUCUUGUGUAAACUUGAUUGUAGUUUUCACAUGUAGUGAGUGGCCUUCCUCUUCUGAAUAGGAUUGGAAGCUCAGAUCCUUACCGGCAAAAAAAAAAAAAAAAAAAAAACACCAAUUUUGGGGUCCUUUUGUAACAUUUGAGUAGUAUUUUCAAGGAUAUAUGUAAAGUAAAUCAUCAGUAGUUUCACAUAAAGACGAUGGGUAUUGAGUUUGCACAAAAUGCUUUGGAUAGCUGAAAAUCUCAGACUGAUUUGCAUACCAUGAUGCGAAGUGGUCAUCUAAUAUUUCAAGCUUCAUGGGCAAUUAACUUGUAAA